AGCAUCAGCGGUCACAUUCCGCGCCGCCUCAACGCCCCGCCACCACGUUCACCACUAUCGUCCCGUCCGGGCAGCCAUGAUCUCGGCUUUCUUCAUCUUCAAUCAGAAGGGCGAGGUCCUCAUCUCGCGACUGUACCGAACAGAUCUCAAGCGGUCAAUCGCGGACGUGUUCCGGAUACAGGUCGUGUCGAAUAGCGACGUGCGCUCGCCCAUUAUCACCCUCGGCUCGACCAGCUUCUUCCAUGUACGAAUCAAUAACCUGUACAUUGUAGCUGUCACAAAGUGCAACGCCAACGCUGCGCUGGUCUUCGAGUUCUGUUACCGCUUUAUCUCCAUCGCAAAGUCCUACUUCGGCAAGGUCGACGAGGAAGCGGUCAAGAAUAAUUUCGUAUUAAUUUACGAGCUCGUUGACGAAAUAUGUGACUUCGGCUAUCCUCAGAACAGCGAGGCGGACACACUCAAAUCGUACAUCACGACCGAGAGUGUCAUGUCGACAAACAUAGCACCAGAAGAGUCAUCGAGGAUUACUGUGCAAGCGACAGGCGCUACAAGUUGGCGGCGCGGGGACGUCAAAUACAAGAAGAACGAAGCCUUUGUCGACGUCGUAGAAACUGUCAAUCUAAGCAUGAGCGCCAAAGGGACGACCCUGCGCGCGGACGUCGACGGCCACAUCCUCAUGCGAGCUUACCUUUCCGGAACACCGGAAUGCAAGUUCGGGCUGAAUGAUAAGUUGGUUAUCGACAAGAACGAGCGGGGGGGCGGCGCCUCGGAUGCCGUCGAGCUGGAUGACUGUCGGUUCCACCAGUGUGUGCGGUUGAAUGAGUUUGAUUCCACUCGGACGAUCAGUUUCGUUCCGCCAGACGGGGAGUUCGAACUGAUGCGGUACCGAGCGACUUCAAACGUGAAGUUGCCCUUGAAGGUUAUACCUACAGUCACAGAAAUUGGCACGACGCAAGUGCAGUAUGUCGUGACGGUAAAGACGAACUUCAGCAACAAGUUGUCUGCGACGAACGUCGUCCUGAAGAUACCCACGCCUCUGAACACGACGAACGUCGACUGCAAGGUGGCAAGCGGGAAGGCGAAGUAUGACCCAGCCGAGAAUGUGGUCAUCUGGAAAAUACCGCGCAUACAAGGUGGCCAGGAGGUCACCUUCUCCGCCCACGCAGCACUGACCAGCACGACAACCCGGCAAGUGUGGGCUCGCCCGCCCAUCGACGUCGACUUCCAGGUGCUCAUGUUCACCGCGUCGGGCUUGAUCGUGCGCUUCCUCAAAGUGUUUGAGAAGGGCAACUACCAGAGCAUCAAGUGGGUGCGAUACUUGACGAAAGCGAGUGGGUCGUAUCAAAUACGGUUCUGAACCUGCGACUAUCGACUGUGUCUUUCGACCUCCUGCUUUGCUCUCCUGACUUCUUGGUACACAUGUACAGAUAGGUUUAGUGCUUGAUUUGGAAUUCCAGCCUCUGUACUUAGUUGGGAUUCGCUUCAUUGGGCGCUUGAUCGUCGCGUUGCCAC